CUUAAGCACACAAACAGGCCAGGGUUGAAUGGAAAUGAUAGGCUUCCUGGUGCUGUGCUGCUCGCAAGAGCUAGGCUUCUUGAGAGAUUGAGAGGGGUCUCUGUUUCUAGAAACAGGCGAAGCAGCAGGGCUUCAUCAGGAACUGAACUAGGUUCGCCUGCUCGAGGUCCUCUUUUUGACUUGACAUUUCAAGCAGAAAGAUUCCUCUUUUUUGGGGAAUCAUAUAAGAAGAAACCACCUGGUCUAAGUAGCGAGGCCAUGGACUAUUUAGACGUGGAGAUAUUUAAUAGUAUGGAGAAGGAAGUUGAAAGGGAAGCAUCUUGGACAUCAUGGGAUUGUAGUAUAUGUCUGGAAAGUUUCAUGGAAGGAGAUGAGCUAAUACGCCUACCCUGUGGACAUAGGUUCCACUAUGCCUGCUUGGAUCCAUGGGUCCUGACUUGUGGGGAUUGCCCGUAUUGUCGAAGAGAUAUAGUCGUCCACACAUAA